AUGGCGAUGGACACGGACACGAUUCCGAACCUUCUAGGCGACGCGCGGGACCAGGCGCCGGAGGAACUGCAGGAAUACUUCAUCGCCUUCGAGGACUACUGGGAGCGAAAGCUGUGGCACGAGCUGACGGACAAGCUUAUUGAAUACUUUGACCACCCCGAGAGCGCAAAGCAGCGGAUACCCUUCUUCGAUAUCUUCAUCAAGAGCUUCGCGAAUAAGAUCAACCAGCUCAAGCUCGUCACCCUGGGGCUGAACGCAGCAACACAAUACAAGGAUGACAAGGAGCGCCUCAACUUCGUCGACAACCUCGCAAAGAGCGUCAACAAGCCCGCAUCACAAGACGCAUACGUCUACGCCACAGUCGCCGCUGCCAGCAUCCAGCUGCGGUUACGGGACGAAGAGGGAGCCAAGAAGAAGCUGGACGAGUGCGAGCAGAUACUCGAAGGCUUUGAUUCAGUGGAGACGGUCGUGCAUGCGUCCUUCUACCGUGCCAGCGCAGAGUACUACAAGUCGAAGCACGAGUUCGCCGCCUACUACAAGAACGCCCUGCUGUUCCUCGCCUGUGUCGAUCUUACCGACCUCGAGCUGCGAGAACGCCAGUCCCGCGCAUACGACCUCAGCAUUGCCGCCCUCGUGUCCGAUUCCAUCUAUAACUUCGGCGAGCUGCUACUACAUCCCAUCCUCGACUCACUAGUCAACACCCCGCACGCAUGGUUGCGAGACCUCCUCUUCGCCUUCAACCGCGGCGACUUGAUCGCAUACGAUGUUCUUGCAGGCAACAUCUCCAAGGUCCCGCUCCUCAAGGAGCACCAAACAUUCCUCUACCAGAAGAUCUCCCUCUCCGCGCUUACUGAGACCGUCUUCCGCCGCCCGCCACACGAUCGUGCUAUGACGUUUGCCGAGAUAUCACAGGAGACAAAGGUGCAGCCGAAGGAGAUCGAACACUUGAUCAUGAAGGCAUUGAGCUUGGGGCUGGUGAGGGGUCAGAUCGACCAGGUCGCGGAGAUUGCGCGGAUCAACUGGGUACAGCCAAAGGUACUAGAUAUGAAGCAGAUUGAGAGCAUGCGAUCGAGGUUGAAGGAGUGGGAUGCCAGCGUCAACCAGCUCGGCAACUGGAUCGAGGGCGUCGGUAAGGACGUCUGGGCUGCUUGA